AUGGCCGUCCUCGCCCAACUCAGAGCCUCGAAUGCUCAGCUCAUCGAGGCCACAACUCCCCGAACUGCUGUAUUUGUCGGCGCAACAGACGGGAUCGGCAAGAGAGCCUUGAUAGAGUUGGUUUCAACGGGCUUUCCUGUCAAGGCUUAUGUCAUAGGCCGUCAAAAAGCCCGGGAUCAGCCUCUACUAGAAGAGAUCCGUGUGAUCAACAAGAAUGCCGAACUUUUAUAUCUUGAGGGCCAGGUCUCUCUCAUGUCUGAAGUUACACGGCUCACGGAUGAGAUUCUCGGCAAGGAAGAAAAGAUUGACCUUUAUCAUUCAGCCGGCUUCUUACCCUUUCAAGGACGUCAAGUCGCUACCGAGCUUCUCAAAAAGAGCUGGGGUGACAAAUGGGACCCUACCGCCCCUCCAACUGCCGCACCCUCAGCAGGAAACUUCAGCAAAUUCACGCCCGAGGAAGCUGGACAGAAGGUAUUGUACCUCAUGGCGAGCGCGGAAUAUGGCGGUAACGGAGCUGAUGUGCCGAAGGGACGAUCGGCAGCGUUGACUUUGACUCACCAGACUAGUGGAUCCUUGUUCUCAGUCAACGACAAGAUGGAAAACCUUCAACAAGAUAUGCUUCUGUCGGGGUUGGAAGCUAAGGGAGCUCCGGAAGCGAUAUGGGAUCAUAGUAUCAAGACACUCGCACCGUGGUUGUAA